AUGCCAUAUAUGGUUUUGCUGAUAUUUCUCUUGGCUUUUGUCAGGUCACAAUAUCUGGAAUGUCCUCAAUUUACUUGUAAGCCAGCAUCCCUGCCUUUUGCAGAUGAUACUUGUAUUUACUAUGACAAUUCUACCUAUUUUCUCCGCCCAUGCCCUAAUGGCUAUAUGUGUCCCCCAAUUUAUACACCAGGAAAUUCAACAUGCCAGCUUUCUCCGAUUCCAAGCUUAAUUAACACUUCUUGGCCAGGAGAACCCUGCAUAAAUAACUCUACAUGUGCAUUUGGCUACUGUGAAAAUGAAAUAUGUGUAGGCAAGCAUUGGCUUGAAAAUUGUAAAUCAUCAGAUGAGUGCGAUGCUGGGCUUUAUUGUAAAAAUAAGAAAUGCUGGCCUCAGCUGCCUGUUAAUACAGAUGGGUGCACACAGGAUGAAGAAUGCGAAAAUGACGCAGGAUGCUUUGUUUGGGCUUCAGAACCAAUUGGGACAUGUGUCAAAUACUUCACAUUACCAAGGCAUGAUAUGGUGUUUAAUUGUCAUGAUUAUAUGAGCUAUUUUUGUGAAUCAGGCACUUGUGUAGGAGGAGGGGGAGAAGGGAAGUCUCUUUGUGUGAAUAAAGUGGAGACUAAGUAUCUUGGGUUUGAAUGUGAAACGGACUCUGAUUGUCCAGGAAAAAAUGAUGAUUGAAGGUUUUAUGGACAGUGCCAAUGCUCAUUGAGCCACACAGGGAAAAGAUAUUGCCAGCCCUUUUUAGGAGACUAUGAUGGAAGAAAUUAUUUCUUACUUAAUUUACUUAAUUAUCUGGUGUUUAAGGUGUCUAGUGCCGCAGCCCAAAAGGGCCUAUGGCAAAACUGAUGACGUAGGCGAGCCAUCUUGGCACGGGUCAGCCCCGUCCAAGCCUUCUAUCAACUCCUGCUUCACCAGCCCUGCUGCACGUCUCACCCGGCGCGCGCUGCCGUCGCCCUUGUCGCUCGACUCAGCUCCUGCGCGUGUUCCGCCUAAGGGUCAUCCUCCCGUGGGGAUGUGCUGAGAGGUAAAAGCCCGAAAUCUUGAGUGGACUGAGGAGUGGUUCCUCUGGUUAUCCCCAGAGUUAAACCGCUAUUGCUGUCCAGAAGUUCUCGAGUGAAAACCUAACCCUAUAAAUAAAAUUCCAUGAGGGAGAGAAAAUUAGCAAAGCUAAUUUCUCUCGAACCGAAUGCCAUUUUAUUUAUGGAAGAAAUUAUUUCAGAUGGCUUAAAGCAUGGUAUGAGUCAACAGAUCUAAAAAAAUGCAAUACAAUGCGAAGAGAAGCUCCUAAUUGUAUGAAACAAUGGUCAGAUUAUCCAACUUAUCUGUAUUAUUUUUUACAUUUUAACGAAUUUGCAAGUAUACAUGGCAACGAUAACUGUGUAAAAGAAAUCUACAAUUAUGCCUACUGGCAGGCAAAAAACAGUGUAAACCCUGAUAGCGAUGAUUCUGCGUUGAUAUUGCUGCUUGUUAAUUCAUUAAUUCUUUUCAUGUAA